AAAUCUCCCUAUCCCAAAAAGAUAAAAACCAUUCUCACCCCUUUUUCUUGCUUUUCCCUUCCUCACCUCUGACCUCCCCCGCAUACAUGCCCGUGAAUCAUCUCCAAAUCCCAGUCCAACCCCCCUCCUUCUCAUGCUCCAUCCUGUAUUACCAGUAUAUGAAUCGAUAAUAGGAGUAUAAUAUUAUUCAUGCAUACAUACAUGUUAGUAACCUCCCACAUGAUUCCUAACUUGUUUUUCUUCCUCCCUUUCUCAGAUCUCUAACACCCUUACGUGCUCACACACCCACACACACGCUCACCAAGACGAACUAUUAGCAGUACUUCUUAUAAAGUUUAGACCACCCUUGAAACACUCGCCAGUCUCCCCAAAACAGGAACAGAAAGAGUGGCUUGGAAAAAUUCAACGCUCGGAAGCCAUGGCGGGUCCGAGCCCACAACCCUACUACAAUCCCAUAUCCAAACCCGCAGCCAACGCCCACGUCAAUACUUGGAAAAGAAACAAUCUUUACUCCUUGGUCCUCAUCACCAUCCUCUGCUCUCUUUCUUAUCUCUUCGGCGUCUGGCAACACGGCGGAGCCACCACCUCCUUCACCACCCCCUCCAACUUGGGCUCAACUCUCUCUUGUGUCCUCCCCGAGAACACCACCACUUCUAUAGCCACCACCACGUCAAAAACUUCCAACUCCAAGGCUUUAGACUUCAGCUCCCACCACUCCGCCGACGACCGAGGGAUAGUUAAGGUUUCCGAUGGUUCCGCCAAGGUUUACCCACCGUGCGACGUCAAGUACAGUGAAUACACACCUUGCGAGGACCCCAGAAGGUCGUUGAAAUUUUCAAGGUCCCGGUUGAUAUAUAGGGAGCGGCACUGCCCGGCGAAACACGAGUUACUCAAGUGUCGGAUACCGGCGCCUUACGGGUACAGAAACCCGUUCAAGUGGCCGUUGAGCAGGGAUCUGGCGUGGUACGCCAAUGUGCCCCACAAGGAAUUGACGGUAGAGAAGGCCGUACAGAACUGGAUACGGUACGAGGGCGACCGGUUUAGAUUUCCUGGUGGCGGGACCAUGUUCCCCAACGGUGCUGAUGCCUACAUUGAUGAUAUUGGAAAGUUGAUCAAUCUCAAAGAUGGCUCUAUUAGAACAGCUAUUGAUACCGGCUGCGGGGUUGCAAGUUGGGGAGCUUAUCUUUUGUCCAGAAAUAUUCUUGCAAUGUCAUUUGCACCGAGGGAUACACAUGAAGCCCAGGUGCAAUUUGCUCUGGAGCGAGGAGUUCCUGCUUUAAUUGGAGUUCUAGCCUCCAAGAGGCUCCCUUAUCCUUCUAGGGCUUUUGACAUGGCUCAUUGUUCUCGCUGCCUCAUUCCUUGGGGCCAAUAUGAUGGGGUUUUCUUAACUGAAGUUGAUAGAGUUCUAAGGCCCGGAGGAUAUUGGAUCCUGUCUGGUCCGCCCAUCCGCUGGAGAAAAUACUGGAAAGGCUGGCAGCGGACAAGGGAGGAUUUGAACAAGGAACAAACUGGAAUCGAGCAAGUAGCUAAGAGCCUGUGCUGGAAAAAGUUGAUCGAGAAGGACGAUAUUGCUAUCUGGCAAAAACCAGCUAAUCAUAUGCAAUGCAAAAAGCUCAAGAAGGUUUAUAACAGUCCUGCAUUCUGCCCCAGUCAAGAUCCUGAUAAGGCCUGGUACACCAACAUAGAGACUUGUUUAACGCCUUUGCCCGAAGUUUCUGAUGGCGAAGAGAUUGCCGGUGGACGGUUGGAAAAAUGGCCUAAGAGAUUAAAUGCAAUACCACCUAGGAUCAGCACGGGAACUGUAAGUGGGAUCACCCCACAAACUUUCCAGAAAGACUCCCAACUCUGGGAGAGGAGAAUUUCAUACUAUAAGACUGUUAAUAACCAACUCGGACAAGCUGGAAGGUACAGAAAUUUACUGGACAUGAACGCAUUCUUGGGUGGAUUUGCUGCAAGUUUGGUCAAGGAUCCUGUUUGGGUAAUGAAUGUAAUUCCCGUUGAGGCCAAGGUCAACACGCUUGGUGUAAUAUAUGAACGAGGAUUGAUCGGGACUUACCAGAGCUGGUGCGAAGCAAUGUCAACUUAUCCAAGAACUUACGAUCUCAUUCAUGCUGAUUCAGUAUUCACUCUCUACAAAGAUAGGUGUGAAAUGGAAGACAUUCUCCUGGAAAUGGAUAGAAUUUUAAGACCCGAAGGAAGUUUAAUCAUUCGUGAUGAUGUAGAUAUAUUGGUUAAAGCAAAGAGGAUAGCAGAUGCCCUGAAUUGGGAUAGUCAGAUUGUGGAUCAUGAAGAUGGACCAUUGGAGAGGGAGAAGCUUCUUUUUGCUGUAAAAUCAUACUGGACAGCCCCAGCUUCCUCUGAUCAAGACGAUAGUAAAACGUCAUAGGGGACUGACUUUCCCUUUUUUCUUUUUUAUUUGGUUCUUCAUUUUUCCCGGAAUUUUGCUAAAUUUUAUUACUUAAAUCUUUGAUGUUACAAUUUUACUGA